AUGGCUGCCGUUGGUGAUAGCUUCACUGCCGGCAUUGGAUCAGGAAAUGUCCACAGUUCGCGGAAGGAAGAUACGGUCUGCUCGCGAUACGACUAUUCAUACCCAUCUAUCAUGAAUCAGUUCUUCAGCAGCUCUGUGUCCAAUUUUACCUACUUGGCAUGCUCAGGAGAUACGUUGGUCGACAUCGCGGCCCAGAUCGCUCGGUUAUCAAAGGGUUUGGAUCUCGCCGUGAUGACGGCAGGAGGAAAUUAUCUUUGCUUAACUACUAUUAUCAAAACAUGUAUUUUGAACUCUGUUACAAGUGAGUCAAGCUGUCAGAAGGCUAUCAAGAUAGCGCAGACGGCCAUUGAUGGGAUCCUGGAGGACAAUAUUGUCUCCCUUUUGAAUUCACUGGACGAUAAGAUGGAUGAUCGAGGGAUUAUUGUCCUCUCGUCCUUCCCCCCCUAUUUUGAUAACAUGACAUCUGAUUGCACGAAUAAUGAGGAUUGGGUUUUCCCUGGGCAGGCUGGAAGUACCAGUCUUCUUCUGAGUACCUCCCAUCGAACCUACUUCCACACGCUCGUUGCCAACACCAAUGCGAAGUUGAAGUCUGCAGUUGACAAAGUCGCGAGGACGGCGAGCUCGACCGUUGUAUUCGCGGAUUGGAGUGCCUGGGGCGAGGCAGCCGGCGGUCGCUUUUGCGAGAAAGGAUCUUCGCCAGAUCCCUCAAGCUCAACUAAUGACUACGCCAUGUUUUACAAACUACCCACCUACAAGGUUUUCAACCCGGGGACGGUGUAUCGAAGAGACUUGAAUUUGGGCUCUGACCCCAUGUUGGGAAUCUCGUCUAAUACCACAUCUGUCCAGGAAGGACUUGAGGCAGAAGAAGCCAAUUGGGAUCAAAUAAGGGAGUCGAUAUCCAACCCUCUCUCCAAGAGGGAUGCUCCAACAACUGGAGUUUGUGGCACGAACUCCGGCGGAGGAUGGUUACCCGAUCAGAUUGGCAAAAUAUUCCACCCGACCAACUUCGGCCAUGAGGCCAUUGCAUCAUAUGUCACAUUCGCAAUUGGUAAUGCCGUGGCCAAAAAGGAGCAGACAACCACGCCGGCGUGUAAUCUGGUUGAGACCUCACUUGCCAUUCGAGUACGGGCUCAAAAUCAUACGCCAGCGCCUACUUCUUGUGCGCAUACACGGCGGAGUUCUGCAAAGCUGUCAUAUCAACCUGGGAAGACCAGGACGACGACAUGA